AUGCCCAUUGUGGCAGGUGUGGGCGGUUCAAGUACCAGAGAGACAGUUCAACUCGCACAUGCGGCUGGCAAUGCCGGGGCAGAUGCAGGUCUAGUCAUCCUUCCUGCUUAUUACGCUGCAAGCUUGAGCACCGACCAGGACCAGAUCAUUCAGUAUUACGUCGAUAUCUGCAAGGAAUCGCCUAUUCCACUCUUUCUAUACAACUUCCCAGCGAAUGCGGGAGGAUUGGACAUGUCAUCGGCUGUAAUCGAGGCUGUGAUACGCCAGGCACCUAACUUGUGCGGCGUCAAACUCACCUGUGGCGGUAGUGUUUCGAAGUUGGUCCGCCUCUCAUCCUUUAUCAAUAACGAGCCGUCGGUCAAUACAUGCCGGCCAUAUCCAUUCCUUCUCUUGGAUGGGCUGAUCUCUGAUCUGACACCGUGGAUGAAAAGUGGCGGCCAUGGCACCGUCAGCGGCAUACCCAACUUUGCCCCGGCUGCUUCUAUGCGGCUGUGGGCACUCCUGAGCAAGCCCAAUCCGACAGAAGAUGAAAGACAAGAAGCAGAUAAGAUUCAAUCCAUUCUGUCUAAUGCUGAUGUGGCAGCUGUGCCUGCAGGUGUAAGGGGAAUGAAAUAUGUUUUACACAAGCUACAUGGGUAUGGGAUAGACCCCAGACGGCCCUUGUUGAAACUGGGAGAAACUGAAGGAGAAAGGUUGAUGUCACAAUUUGAAGAAAUGAUUCAAUUGGAGGCAAAGUACUCCAAGACGGCGUAG